AUGCGCCCAACCAUGAUUACCCCUCGGAGUGCUAGCCUCAGCUAUCUCUGGCAGACCCGUGCCCGCUUGUCACCUCUUCUGAGGCUGCCCGUGUCGGCUCGCUAUGUCUCAAUCCCAUCUUCCCCGACCUCCGACUCUCCUUUCCGCCAAUCUACAAAUUCCGACCUUUCUACAUCAAGUUUACUACACAACUUCACAUAUGGACGACCGCCAUCAUCCGCGUCGUUCUCAACCUCUCCCUUACUGUCCGAGUCGGAUUGGGACCAUAACCCGAACCUUGCGAUCUCGAACUUCUCCGAGCUCCCCUCGAAGGAUUUUGGUGUGAACCAGCAUAUGAUCAUCAACCAGGAGUUCAAGGAGGCUCUGCGACAGAUCCUUUGGCAGUUCCGGGCGCCCAUCCGAUAUGCAUUCGCCUAUGGAUCGGGUGUCUUUACGCAGACCGGUUCUGCGGCAGCUGGCUCAACACAUCCAUCGGCCCCAGCAGCCAUCAAGAACAUGCAACAGGGCUCCGGGAAGAUGAUUGACUUUAUUUUCGGAGUUUCAUACUCGCAACAUUGGCAUUCAUUGAAUCUUCACCAACACCGCGACCACUAUUCAGGACUCGGGUCGUUCGGAUCAUACCUGGUGUCUCAAGUACAGGAUCGGUUCGGAGCUGGUGUAUAUUUCAACACCCAUAUCACCGUCAACGGAACUUUGAUCAAGUAUGGCGUCGUGAAUUUGGAUACGCUUUGUACGGAUCUUACUUCGUGGAACACUUUAUAUCUCGCGGGUCGGCUGCAAAAGCCGGUCAAGAUCCUGCGAGAUCAUCCUAAGGUACGCUUGGCGAACCAGAUGAACCUGCUGUCCGCUUUGCGAGUGGCGUUGCUGCUGCUCCCGGAGCGGUUUAGCGAGUUUGAGCUCUACAGCACCAUCGCGGGCAUCAGCUAUAUGGGCGAUCUACGGAUGGUACUUCCAGCCGAGGACCCCGGGAAAGUGCGCAACAUCGUAUCCAGCCAGAUGGCACAUUUCCGGAGGCUCUACGCACCCCUGAUCAACAACUUGCCAAAUGUUACUUUCAACGAUCCCCGCUGUAACCAGAGCGAUUGGAUCGAUGAUCCGGACGCCAUUCUGGCCAUGGUGCAGGAUAUGGACCCGGUGAAGCGUGGAAACAUGGUGCGCCGUCUCCCAGAAGCUUUCCGCGAGAAGGUGUACUUCCAGUACCAAUCCCGAUACCAGAUCCCGCGGGCUGAGUUCAACAAGAUGAUGGAGGAGCAAAAUGAGAAGAACAGCGAAGUUGUUCGGCGGCCUCAAGGAGGUCCCUUUGAACGCAGGAUCGCCAGCGAUGAGCACCUGCAAGAAGAGGUGUCAGCGUCGAUCAUGAAGACGAUCCGCUGGCCUAGCACCGUUCAGACCAUCAAAGGACCCUUGACCGCGGGCCUUCGCAAGAGCUGGAACUACCUGAGGGAAAAGCGAGAGAAGCACAAGAAGGCUCAGGCUCACGCAGCUCUUUCCAAAAAUAUUCCGAAGGGAGAGCGCGCCGAAACUAAGGACAUUAAGAAGGAGUAA